AUGGGCCGUUAUAGUGACGAAAGCGAUUAUGAAAGUAGUUACGGUGACGAAUGGGACCACACUAGAGAAAGCAGUGAUGAAAACGAUGAAGCCGAGGCGGACAAUCCCGAAUGUAGAGCUCAAAAAGAGAUGGAGGAGGAGACGGAAGAUGACGGCGACGGCGACAACUUGCCUUGCUACGAGGAUUUUUGCGAAGAUCUCAAAUCUGCCUUGAGCUUUGUCGUACGUAAUGAAGGUCCUUUUGGCAAAGGAGAGCAAACUCUGGUCGACCAAUCAGUCCGCAACUCCUGGGAGCUGGACUCGCGACAAUUCUCAAUCAGGAAUGUGGCAUGGCAAGGCUUUAUCAACAAUCUACUAAAUCAGGUGCACGGGGGACUAAGUCUUCCUGGACAACGCAACAACAUCGGAGCUCAGAUGUACAAGCUGCUCUUGUACGAGGAAGGUGCUUUCUUCAAGGCACAUCAGGACUCCGAAAAGACUCCCGGUAUGUUUGGCACGAUGGUCGUUAGCCUGCCAUCGAAGCAUGAGGGAGGUUCCGUUAUUCUCACUCAUAGUGGCAAGCGGGUUCAGUACGACUCGUCCACGACAUCCGAGUUUGGUACUUCCUGCGCAGCCUGGUAUGCUGAUGUCCUUCAUGAGGUGACACCUGUAACUUCGGGUUAUAGGUUAGUUUUGACCUAUAACUUGGUCCAAACAGGAUCAACAGCUGUUCCGAAAGGACCAUUGAGCGACUGGACAAAUGUGAUUGCAGGACAUCUUAAGCAGUACGAGAAGGCUGCCAUGGGAUACGAAAAAGGCUAUCCUCCAUAUAUCAUCCAUAAACUUGAGCAUCCUUACACCGAGGAUGGCUUGAAAUUGGGCUCACUGAAAGGCUCUAAUUUUAGGCAGGUACAGUGUCUGCGGGAUGUCUGCCAAGAACUUGAUUUCGAAGUCUACCUAGCAAGUGUCGAAAAGGCCCUUCAUAAAGAUGAUGAUUGUGGCGACGAAGUGUUUAACCGCGAUGACGGCUUCUCGCGACUCACUACACUGGAUGGGGACAAGUGUGCGUUUGUGCCUGACCACUACGACAAGUCAUACUUUCUAGACCCACCAGACACUGACGACGAAGACUACGAUGAGUCCGAACACGAGGGAUGGACCGGCAACGAAGGUGCUCCUGCCACAUAUUGGUAUCGCUCAAGUGCUGUUGUACUCGUUCCACCAUCUAAAAAGCUUGACUUCGCACUCGCUAGCUCAGACAGCAUCAGUGCUGCUUUGUCACUGUUCGACGACAUUGAAGGCCGAGCGAAAACGGGCAAGCCGCUGGACAUAGCUGGAUUGUAUGAAUUAUGUACCAAGGCUCUACCUUUUCUCAAUCUCAGGUCAAGGCCGAGCACAACAUACAGCUAUAUGUAUCCAAACAGGAAUACUCUCUCAGCGCGAGAAGAUGCAAAAGUUUCUGCAUUGGCUAAAAGAAUUACUACUGCUUUGUUGGAAUACAGUUGGAUUGACCUCUAUAACAGACUUCCUCCUACAACGAAGAUGGACAAAAAGUCUCUACAGGGUCUUGCGCAUAAUUUGGCGCAACAUGGUGUACAAAGAUGGAACGCAACUUUGAGGCAAAUCUUUAAGGCUGGAGAAACUGUCACAGCCAGAUACAAGAUGAUCAUGAAUCUGGUCACCGCUUUUGAUGCAGUUUGCGAGAAUCAAGAGUACCAACGAGACUUGGGCAAACUACUCGUUAGCGUCCUGGACAUCUUGUUCGACAGUUUGCCACAAAACAGGAUUAGCAAGCAGGAUGCCACAACACUGGCAGUUGUCAUAAAGCACUCGUGGCCAAUGCAGAUUGACUUCACGAACAAACACAUGUCUCAAAUCGCUCGAGCUGCAUUUCCAUCUCUUACAGCCUUUAUUUUCGAGCUUUUUAAAAAGAAGGAAGUUUCAGCUACAGCUUUACCAGAAGACUUGGUUAAUGGAGUGAUAUCAACGAUGUGGUCCAAGUUUACGUAUAUUGAGGCGACUGACAGCAUAUCCAUUGACGACCCGACCAGGAUCCUCGAUGCAACAAAGAACAAUGGCGGUGUGACUAUGGUCGAUGCCCUUCAUAACAUGAGAGCAGCUGCCAUAGAUGAAAAGCCAGAGUACAUACAGUCGACCUUGUUGCCUUUCAUCACAUCCGCUAUGCGCAACAAAGUGCAUGCUCUGAUUCUCGAAGACGAUCAAGCGCUCUACGAUGCGCUCUCAUCGUACAUCACCACAGUCCUCUGCACAUACAUUCGAAAGUAUGUCGGGGUUGAACCCAAUCGAAACCUCAAUUGGUCCAGACCACAGAAAGGUUGUGGAAAUUGUGCAGAUUGUCAGCACGUCGCACAAUUCAUGGCGAACCCACACCAGAAGGAGUUACAUUUCCCAGCAGUCGAGAGACGAAGAAAACAUUUGAGCCGACAUUUUGAGGAAUACACAUCAUAUGCUUAUUCUCUAUUUUCGCGGAGCUCCAACCGGCGCGAUCAGAAGUUGGGCUAUACCAUCAACACCAUCACUGGAAGGAGCCCGUACACCUGGCAUUGUGUCAAGAACCACAAUGUAGAACGGAAAUUGAUCAGAGAGUGGGAACACCGACACAUCGAGGCACAAACCCAUCUUAAGAAAUUAGCCGGACCACGAAAUGAAGUACUCGGACGAUUUCUGGGUGAGGAGGAUGUGGACGCCAUCAUGUCCUGCCGCGUCGAGCGUCUACCAGCCAUCGAUGCGGAUCUGCAAAGGACACCAUUACAGCCGACUGGUGCUAACGUACAGAAUGCGUUUGGGUCUGGGAUAGGAAGAAAACGACCUCUGGACGGAGGUGAGGGUGGUGAGAACGAUGCAGUGAAGAGGAUGAAGACUGGUAUCAAGACCGAGAUUAUUGACUUGACGGGCGAUUAG